AAAAUCUAUUCACAAUUUGUAAUAUUAAUUAUAUAUGAAUCAUUGCGACGAUUACUUUCAACUCUCUGAGACUGACAAUUAUAACAUACAAGCCAUUAAAUCUAAAUGGCGAUUCCACAACAAUUCCCUUCAUGGAUAACCAUAACUCAAAAUCGAUUUUGAAGAACAACCUCAAAAAUCGUUUCAAUUGCCUGAUGUCUUUAUGACAACUAGACAAAAUCAACCUAAAGUUUAACAUCACCAUAUGACUUAGUAAUCAUUUCAUGAGAUCCCCAAAAAAAGCAGAAAAGGAAGCAAGAUAAGUUUAAGCAGUUUAGAGGUCUCACCUAAAAUUCCCAUCUUAAAUAAAAGCAAAGAAUAGAAAUUUAAGGAAUUAUCAGAUUUACAAAAGAGUUAUUCUUAAUACAAGUAUAUCAAUUAUUCUUAUUUCUAACAGAAAAUCAUUUCAUAAGGUCAAGAAUUAACAAUAAACACAAUUAUUAAAUACUUCGGCAUAUUUUCAACAGGAAUCAUCAUUUGUGUUCAACGGAGUUAAGUUACCCUACAGUUUAUACAUGAUUAAUAAGAAUAGACAAUUGGCCAUUAGUAGUAUAAUGUAAAAUGCGAGUGCGCAAUUGUAAGAAUAAUCGAAAUAAUAAAUCGAGAUGAUCGAUAGUCUAAUAAAAAAAGUUCGUAAUAUUGGCCCUUAUUUAAGGGAAUGAACAUCAAAAUAAGCAAAAGGUGAAAGAGUACAGAAGCCGAUCCUUCCUGCAAAAUGCCUACUACUCGAUGCUGUGCGUAAACCAGGGUUCCAAGAAGCGUCUAAAGAGGAUAAUCCAGGGAAAGUUUCCAAUGGAGUCUCGGUUUUAGCAGUUAUGA